AGCCUUGCAGGGAGGAGCAGUUCUUCCAUGCAUUGAUAAUAAGCCCUUUCUGUCUUCUGCUCUGUGCAUUUCCUCUGCUCUUCUCCUACUUGCAGUAAGUGCUGUCAACAUGGCCGGCGUGCGGGUUGCAGUAGUCACAGGGGGCAAUAAGGGAGUAGGACUGGCGGUGGUCAGGGCCAUGUGCAAGCAGUUCCAGGGGGACGUGUAUCUGACAGCCAGGAACCCCAAACUUGGAGAAGAAGCCGUCAAGGCCCUGAAUGGUGAGGGGUUGUCCCCGCUCUUCCAUCAGCUGGACAUCAAUGACCUGACCAGUAUCCGGGCUCUGCGGGAUUUCCUAAAGGAAAAGUAUGGCGGUCUGGAUGUGCUCAUCAAUAACGCCGGCAUUGCAUUUAAAGUUGCUGACACAACCCCAUUUGCCGCCCAAGCUGAAGUGACUCUAAGGACCAACUACAUUGGCACGCGAGAUGUCUCCAAUGAGCUUCUUCCACUUAUCAAGCCAAAUGGAAGAGUUGUCAAUGUCUCCAGCAUGGUGAGCCCCUCUGCUCUCGCCAAGUGCAGCCCCCAACUUCAGGAGAAAUUCCGCAGUGACACCAUCACAGAGGACGAGCUGACGAAACUUAUGGAGAAGUUUGUUGAGGAUGCCAAGAAUGGAGCCCAUCAAGAAAGGGGCUGGCCGAACACUGCUUAUGGGGUGUCCAAAAUCGGGGUAACAGUGUUGUCCAGAAUUCAAGCACGGGAACUUAAGAAGACCAGGAAAGGAGAGGGCAUAAUUCUCAAUGCCUGCUGCCCAGGGUGGGUGAGGACUGAUAUGGCGGGUCCUAAUGCCACCAAGUCUCCUGAUGAAGGUGCCGUGACCCCAGUAUAUUUGGCUCUCCUCCCAGUCUCCGCGGAAUCACCUUAUGGGGAGCUGGUCAGUGAGAAGAAGGUUGUCCCCUGGUAGAUGUAAAAUCCAAAGCCGCGAUGCCUUUAUGUCAGUGUUGGCCUUAACGCGUGUUGAUUUAAUGAUGAGUAUUUUUCCCUGUGAGAUGUAGUUUUUUAUGUCAAAAUAAAGUUUGACGUUACCAAA